UCACUUUCGGUUUGUUUUGGAAAACCACACAAGGAUGUUAUACGAUGGAUAAGGACCACAUGGCAUUAGGUGGAGUUAAAGUCCGUGGUUUGACUCCCGGAAUCUCACAGAGUGAUAUCAAGGUUUACUUCAGCAACCCACGUAAUGGAGGAGGCCAGGUGUCCAAGAUAUUCUUCCCUCUCCUCAAUCACACAGCUGUUGUCAUCUUCACUGAUAAAAAUGUCAUCACAGGAAUUACUAGUCGAAGACACAAGAUCAAGAAUUGUGACAUCAUGGUUGAGAGUCUUCCUAAGAAUAUAUUUUCCAAAGUCUCUGUGGAGUUAGAACAAGAAGUCACACAGAUGCUUGACCAAAACUCGUCCUUUCUUGAUAUCCUUCAGUUUGAGGGAGAGUUAGAUGUUAACUUUGACCCUGAUUCCAUGAACUACACUAUGAUCGGAAACUGGUACCAAUUGGAAUGGGCCUGGAAUUAUUUGGAAUCUGUCUUCAAUGAGAAGGUUACUCCUGGAGGCCUUGGCAAGGGGGAAGACCCAGUAAGCAAAUGUAACAUUCUGUCGCCAACUACACCCAAUAUCCCAUCUAAACGAGGUGAACACAGCAAAAUAGCAUGGAAUAUCAACCGUCCUGCAGACACUGCUACUUCUUUCCAUUAUCAACCAUUUGAGUCAAAUAUACCACAGACUGAAGACAGUUCGGAGAAGAAGUAUAGGGCUAAACAUUUACCAGCCAGUCAGGAACCAAAGGAAUUCGGAACAAGUCAUUUUAACAAGAAGCAGGUCUUUGGUAAAUCAGAUGCUCACAUUCCUCUCCUGGAUAACCCCCUUCGUGGGAGGGACAUGUGGACUUCCAGCUACCCACAACAUGGAGGCUUUGACAGUGAUGAUACGGAUGACGAACUGGCAGCUCAAUUCCUUAAUGACCGUUCGUCAUCUCCAGAAAUAUCUGUUCCUGACUUUCCGGUUACAAGACCACGUUGCCCCUCCCCUAAAGGAAUUGAGUUACUGCACUCAGACUUUGGUGACAUGCCCUUGACAUUUGAUGCCUAUGUUGGUUGUUUGCAAGUCAAGGUCAUCCUGGGUGACAUUGUUAAAGAACAGAGUGAUGCCAUAGUGAACCCAACUAAUAGAACCUUGAGCAAUACAUAUGGAAUUUCAUCAGCAAUUGCAAGAAUGGCAGGAAGAGGCUUAAUGGAUGAAUGUAGGAAUUACGUGACUCGUCAAGGUCCCCUGGAGAUUUCUCAGGUUACCAAGACAUGUGCUGGUGGGGCACUUGAUAGCCAAGUGGACUUUGUCCUCCACGCUGUCCCACCGACCUGGCGGGAAAAUGAGAGCGACUCUACGUCCCAUAUUCUCACCUGCACAUACUUGAACUGUUUACAAGUUGCUAACAAACAACUGUGGCUGCGAUCCUUGUCAUUCCCCAUUUUAGGAUCAGGUGGUCUUGGAAUCCCACUUGAUGUAAGUGUCCAGGCUUUCUUUGAUGCUGUUCAACUACAUGUGACCGACGAGAAACAAACCAUUCAUCUCCAGAAUGUCAAACUAGUCGGCAACAACCAAGACAGCACCUGCUCAAUAAUUGUGGUGCUACGCUCACUUCUAGACCUUGACCAAGAUGAAGCACGAAAAGGUGCUAUUGACCGCUACCUAUUCAGGAGUAAAGAGUUUAAUUUCAAAGCCAAGGACUUCUGGCUUGAUAAGGAAGUGCACAGCAAGAAAGGAAUGGCUGGUGAUGAGAUGGGUGGUAUUCAAAAGCUUGCUGACAAAAAGCUGGAUGAUCCUAUGGAACAGAAAGAUCCUGAUAGUGACAGAGCAGGUGCUGAUGAUGGUUCCGAGGCAAGAAAGAAUAGGGGUAACAGUAGAUCAGGAAGUCAGGAUGAAGCUCAAAUUUUAUCAAGUUUGGGUCAAGGGGUCAAUAUUCAACAAGAUACAUUUGACAGCGUUUCUGACAGCUAUCAAGCUAGAGGGAUUUCAAAGCCAGAUCAAGACCUUCAUGUUGAAGAAGAAAUUGGUGUCAUUUAUGAAGAUAAGGGCAUGAAACUGCAAGGACUACAGAAAAUGGACAAUGAGAAAAUAUCACAGACAGCUGUGGAAGAAAGUCUCAGUGUAAACAGCGAUGGAAAAAGUAUCCAGAAACAGGAAGACAGUGUGAAGGGAAACAGACAACAGGGCGAAUGUGCUGGUGUUGAUGGUGGUUUUAUGUACGAGGCAGACAUGGAUCCACACAUCCUUAAAAGAUCUGAGGAAUCCAAUCAAGAAAAUGAGAUAGAGAACCUGACUUCAUCUCUUGGUGAGACAGGAAUCACUGAUGUUUACACACCUUCCGAUUUCCAGCAGGGUCCAUCAGGGGGGAGUGACUUAGCACAGGACAUGUCCUCUUGUCAUCAACAGACGUUGUGUCACAAAUGAUUCAUAUGAAGGCUGCAUUGACCGUUAAAUUUGACUGAGAAUUAAUGCAUCGCUAUUGAUUUUAAUUCACAGAAGGUCAAAAUGAUGAAGACGGAAACAAGCGUGACUGAUGCUGUGGAGGAGACCUAAAGCUUCUAUUUGGAAACUAGUUCAAAUGUUAAUUGUAUAAGUCGCUUUUGUUAUUUUACUUCAGGUUAGGAAAUUUAGAGUUUCCUUUCGAGGAGUGAUUUAAUCAUACAAUUUAGAAUUGUGAUACUGGGUCAAAUCGCCAAACAGACCAAAACGGCUCUAUGUCAUAAUGCAAUGUUGUCCUUAUUUUUUUUUAUUAUUAAAUAACAUCUUUUCAGAGAAUAGGAGAAGAUUACCAGGGGACAAGUAAGGAGGUCAAAAGGGUUGA